AUGGUUCCUCAUACUCUGACCGGUAUUUAUGUCGGUAACCAGAAGCGAGCUGGACUUGACGUUGGCUUCCGUUUCCUUUCCGCUGAGUUGAUUGAUGACCGCCGCCGCAUCCGCUUAGCUGUCAUGCACUGCCAUGCCCUGCUGCACGGCACUGGUACUGUAUCAUUUCAGACCUCUCAUGCGCAUGCAGCCUUCCAGGAUGCACCUGCUCUCUGCAUCGCCAAAAGACAAGACAAGACAAGACGAGACGAGACGAGAGUCUCGAGCAUCUCAAGGGAGAAGGCAAGCCGUGCUUCAGUCGAGGCCAGGCCAAACUCCGUCGUCCCCUUCCUCCUUUCCGCCCAACCCCAUUCCGAGUUUCACCCUACUAUUCGGCCACGUUUACAGCUGCCGUCAGUGAACAUGAGUCGCGAGCUUGUCCUUGUCCGAGCCUCUAGGACAGGCAGCAACCUGUAG